AUGGCUACACUAUGCACCACUGGUCGCACCACCCAGGCGAAAAAGUCCUGUACCAGCUGUCGCAUACUGAAGAUCGCAUGCGACAAGGCACUGCCCGAGUGCACGGCCUGCAAGAUGCGCGGCAAGACAUGCUCGGGUUACAGUGAGAAUCUAUCCUGGCCACGGAAAGGCGACAAGCGCCGUGCGGCCAUGGCCGACGUCCAGAGCCGGGGCAGAUAUCGAGCCAAUCCCGUCGUAUUCCUCAAUACAUCUAGCUGGGAUGUAAGCCUGUAUCGCGAGCACGUUGAUACGGGAGCGCACUUGCAGCAUAUGGGGGCUUGGACGCCAUCGAUAUCACCUAGCCAAUCCAUAUGGUCAUCAAAGCUUGGCUUUUAUGGGCCACAGUUGCCAACGGCUAUCCGCCUUGUCACAUCAGGCACGUUUCAUGACGAUGUCUGCGGGCUCUUGUACCGGAUGUCGCUUGGUGAUAACACCGUGCCAUCUCUUUCUCUCCGUCACUCCAUGAAUGCGAUUUCGCUAUUGUCGCUACACAAGUCAAAUGAGGCCCUAAGAUACAAGAUUCUCGCGAUUUCGUAUCUUAAAGGCGCCCUCACGCAGGGCCUCGAUAACAAAUCUCGGCCACAGGCUAUUGCCACUAGCUUGCUUUUGACGCUAUACGAGGUUCUGAGCCAGAGUGGCAAGACCAACGAUUGGUCGGUAUAUUUCGAUGGCUGCAUGAAGAUUGUCAACUCUGGUUUCAAUAUCCAUCGCAAAUAUGCAGGAGAUUGCGCCAUCCUCCUCAACUGGGUCCGCUACCAUAAAGUGUUAUACAAGUUUAGUAUAAAGCACUGGCAGCAGCGCACUCCGCAGAUGGAAAUAAUGGCCAAGUCAGAUAUUCUCGUUUCUGAUUCAGCAAACGACAUAGAUCUAAUAACGAUGCAUAACAUGCUUGGCUGCUCUCCCGAAGUACUAGACUUCUUGAGCGAAGCAAUGGACCUCGUCAAAAAUCGAGACGACCCGAAUUACCUAUCCAUCAAACGCUUACGGGCAAUUAAUGAACUUGAGCUGCGACUCAAAGAGAUUGACGACUUACGCGACUGUUUUGAUGUGGGAGCGGAAGACCUUACCAUCAGCAAGGUUACAGAAAGCAUGAACGACAGAUUAUUCCAGUUUGCUUUGAUCAUCUAUGUCGACCGGGUAGUCAAAGGCGCGUUCAUGUCUUCAACAACCUCCCAAAGUGCUGCCGCCAAGGCGUUCGUUCUUCUGGAAAAGAUCCGAUUGUACGACAGGCCAUUUCCGCUCUUCAUCCUCUCUAUUCAAGCAGAGACUGAUGAGCAACGCCUACUGAUUCUCACCACAAUCCACCGCACCAUGGAAGCAAGGCCAAUGAAUAACCUGGGGCCGACGGAGGAAAUGAUCAAGAAACUUUGGGCUCAGCAGGACUUGCAGGGACCCGAGCAAGCAGAUGCACUUUUCCUCUUGAAUGCCGUGAUUAGUGCCAGCAGCAUGCCGCCGACCUUUACUUCACCUUUCGUAAUCAACGCUAUUACUGGUGCGAAUGGUGUGCCGUUCUUAUCUAUCUAG